AGUGUGUCGCACGGUAGUGACGUUUCGGGACGGCCGGACUUUCGUUUGCAGCCGCCUUGAAGGAAAACUGGGGAGGUCAGCGGCAACGGGGAAAUUUGUUCGGGAGCUUCGCGUGUCAGUAAAGACUCGUUGGUGAAUUAUAGUGGACAGUGGAUUUGAUACUGCUAAGUGGAAGAAAAGAAUUUGAAUAUAAUAUUUGUUUGCAAGAUAACAGCUAUGACAGAUCCAGACAUUCUCACAGAGGUCCCAGCUUCUCUGAAACGCCUUGCUAAGUAUGUAGUACGUGGUUUUUAUGGUACUGAACAUGCUUUGGCCCUGGACAUUCUAAUUCGGAACCCUUGUGUAAAGGAGGAAGACAUGUUGGAGCUUCUGAAGUUUGAUCGGAAGCAGCUGCGAGCAAUUCUCAACACUCUUAAAGGGGACAAAUUUAUCAAAUGUAGGAUGAGAGUGGAGACAGCUCCGGAUGGGAAGACCACCAGGCACAAUUUCUACUUCAUUAAUUAUCGUCUACUGGUCAAUGUGGUGAAGUACAAGUUGGAUCACAUGAGAAGGAGAAUUGAGACAGAUGAAAGAGACUCCACCAACCGAGCCUCUUUCAGGUGUCCUAUUUGUUCCAGUACCUUCACAGAUUUAGAGGCAAAUCAGUUGUUUGAACCUAAUACAGGAAUAUUUCGCUGCACAUUUUGUGAGACUGAAGUGGAAGAAGAUGAAUCUGCAAUGCCUAAAAAGGAUGCAAGGACUCUUGUAGCACGAUUUAAUGAACAAAUAGAACCUAUUUAUGCAUUGCUUCGUGAGACUGAGGAUGUUAAUUUAGCUUAUGAAUUACUUGAGCCUGAGCCUAUGGAGAUUCUUGCAUUGAAGCAGAGCAAAGACCGAGCUGUUGGUGCAUUGGGAAACAGUACUUUACCAAGUGGUCAGCACAGAGAAGCCUGGACAACAAAGGGUCCUUCUUAUGGGGACAUGUACACUCAGAAUGUCAUUAUUAACAUGGAGGAUCAAGAAGAUACACAUCAGCCAGCAAAUGAAGGGAAACUACCCAGAGAGAGACCAGUCUGGUUGCGGGAAAGCACAGUGCAAGGUGCUUAUGAUCCUAAUGAGGUCACUGAAGGUGGGCAAGACAUAAACAUGUUACAUGAAGAUGAAGAAGGACAGGCAGCACUAGAUAAUAAUGAAGAGGUGAUGCGUGCUCUGCUCAUCCAUGAAAAGAAAACCUCCUCUGUCUCUACGGCUGCGAUGGGAGGGAUUGCUCCUUUAUCUGCCACAAAUGCCAGUGAUUCUGAGAGUGAGACCAGUGAAUCGGAUGAGGACUCCCUUCCUUGUGCAGCCACUGCUCCCACAAUGCUUUAUGGGCUGACAGAUGACAAUGAUGAGGAUGAAUUUGAGGUAGUGACUGAAGACCCCAUUGUUAUGGUGGCAGGACACCCAUUUUCUUACAGCCAAGUAAAUCAGCGGCCGGAGCUUGUGUCACAGAUGACUGUGGAGGAGAAAGAGCAAUAUAUAGCUAUGGGCCAGCGUAUGUUUGAGGAUAUGUUUGAUUAACUUCUUCUACCCGAAUAGCAGUGAUAGAUGAUCUUCAACUGGAAAUUCUGAAAAGACAAAAGAAUUAGUACAAACAGAGGAGUCAAAGAUCAAAAAGUAGGGAGGGAGCUGCCACAAAUGCAAGAAGGUGUGAGAAACCUGCGGUCAAUCCAGAUGUCUCUCAUAUUUGGCCAUGUACACACACCUCUGUGUUUGGUCUACAAGUUUUCCAUUGCAUUAUAUUUGAUUUUUUUUGUUUAUUUUGCCUGGAAAAUAUGAAUGCUCUUUUAAUGGCUUAUUUUUCUUCCUUGAAAAGAGGAUUGUACUAUAGAAAACAUUAUCUUUAGUUUACUCUGAACAUAACUGCUUAUAUCAUAUAGUUGAAAGAACUUACUGCCUCGCAAGCAUAGUGAUUAUAUGGGCUCCUUAUUUCCAAUGGGUUGACAAGCUAAAUGCUUGCCUGCCAUAUAUCUUUGGCGAGGGUGGGGAGAAAGAGAACAAUCACGUUAAAUCGGUGAAUAUUGAGGACUAUAGUGUACAGUUUUUUUCUGUAGAAGGCGUGGUGAAGAGAGGAGUUAUUGUUAAAGGACAAACAAAAAACCCCAAUCCAGGCACUGCAAUUUUUUCAAAUUUAUCUGAUUUUUAAAAAAAUGAUAUCAGUGACUCUUCUUUGCUAACUUAGUAGAAUUUAAAAAUUUUCAUUUAAUAAUUUCAUCUGCAGUGCUGAAAUAUUCAAGGAGGUGACUUUAUUAAAAUAUAACUUGAAUCUAAUUUCCUUACCUUUUCCAGAAGUGAUGUUAUAUAUCCCAUUUUUGGAUAGUUAGUUUGUUUGAAUGAAGCCUCACUUAGUUUCCAGAAAGACUAGUCCAAAAAUGUGGACUGUAUGUCUUUACACGUUACAUAAUCCAUGAGGAAAAGGCAAAAACAAAAAAAAAGUUGCCUCUUAACAAGAAUGAGGAAAGCUGAAUGUUGCCUUUGAUAAAAGCUGGACUCUGUCCAAUAAAAUAUGUGUGUCAUGACUAGGAACUACCAUCCAAGUAAAUGGUGGGGAAAGCAACAUAUUAUUUUAAUAGAAAUCUAAACAGGUUUAGUACUUAAAAAAAUAUAUGCAGACUUUAGAUGCUACUACAGAGCAUGACAGAGUCUAUUUUAAUAAUAACUUCAUAGAUUCAAUUUUGUGAUAUUUAAGUUUCUAAAACACUUU